AUGUCGUUUGAUGCUGGCAAAGCGGUGCCCUCGGAAAGCGCCGAAAGCCAAGUGACCAUUCUUCACAUGCAGUCUUACGCGCAACGUCGCAUUGAACAGACCACUACCGACGUGCAGUUUGCUUCCGUCCCGGAGUUGCACAAUUUCUCGGUGGACUGCGCUACGCCCAAUGCACCGAAAUUUCGCCCUACGAUCGAGCAUAAGGCAACACCGGUUCCACUUACCUCUACGGCUCGCCAUUAUCUCGGCGACAAUACUGACAUUUCUAUACAGGAAUCUGAAAAUGUGUGCCUUGCCGAUAUAACUGACUUUGCUGCCACUCCGGUGAACGGCAACGGCCCAAUCUGGAAGUCUCAAUUCAGCAUUGACUCGUCAAUGGCCGAGACCGUGGAGCAUGAGAUCACUGGAGCAACUCCGAAGAGCACUCGCUCUCGUUACCUGGGCGGCUCGGUGUUUUCCGACGAACGUUGCAUGACUCCGAAGCUUUCCCGGCGUGAUACCUUUGAGAAGUGCGCCCGCUUCAAGACACAGACCGUGCCCGAGGUGCCCGAGGUGGAGGUGGCCCCGGCUAGCCCCCCUCGCGUCCAUACUUCACGCUCUUCUGCUCGCGAGUACACGGUGCCGAUCAAGACUCGGUCUGCUAUCUCCCAAAAGCAGCCUUCUGUGGAAGAUCUGAGAAGUCGUCAACAUGCCGCUGAAUUGCGUAUGCAAGUGAUCGAGGAAAGCAAGCCUCCAGUAGCUGUCACGCCGAAAAGUCUUCUCUCACCGGGACAGCAGCGCUCUUCUUACUACACGUCGACACCGCUACGAGAUACUAAUGCGACAUCUUCACCUCUACAGCGGAAUUCGUCGACUCGUUCGUCCUUCAGAGUGCCGAUCGUUCUCCAGAACCCGCCGCCGACGCGCACUGAUAUGCCUCAACGACCCACUGUGGCUGCUACCCGCGCCGCAGCUCAAAAAGGAUCUAGUGCACCAGGAGUGUCGCUCCCCCGAGCAUCUGGCUAUGCGCGACAUAUGGCGGAUAUGUUUGAGAGGAUGAGCAUGAUGAAUCAAACCAAUUUGAACCGCUGGCAGGCACCCGCUCGCACAUUUGUCGACCAUAACCAACCACACCACGGGGAUGGAAGAAGCGUGUCGCAAAAGGAUGGCAAUGAAUCAACUCUGCGGCACUACGAUUCGGUUCCGGAUCUAAACAAAGACGCCUAUUACGCUCCGCACAAUAAGACUAAAGAUGACAGCUUCCUGGUGGAGGAACCUGUACGCCGUUGGCAAAAGCAUAUGAGCAGCUCUUCGAUGAGGAAGCAUAUGCCGGGCGCAUUUGGAGACGGGAUGCAAGCGCAAAACGGCUCUGGUGAUGGCCAUGUUCCAUACAAUGGCCGGUCGGGCUUGCCGUUAUCGAACUCCGGCUCAAACAGAAGCCUUUCCACCAUUCAAGGGGAGGACUCCGUUAGUGAUGCGACAUAUGUCGGAUCUCCUGGAAAGGGCCGCCGCGUCCCAAUCAGGGUUGAGAGCCAAAAGGCGACUACCAACCUCCACCGCCGACCUUCCACCAAUAGCGCGUUCAAGGAGCCAAUCUAUGCCGAAAUCAACAAAGCACCGACGAGAAAGGACUUUGCUCCUGCCAUAAAUCGCGAGAGCAGCUAUUCGAUGGGAGCUCGCAAGGUCGGAGAAGGCGACAACACGUUGCGUUCACGACGGGAUGCUUCGUUCCCGGUGACUGUGGAAGUGGCAGAUUUGAGCCCCGAUGCUCACCCGAAAUAUGGGCGCAACAUCCCACCAUCUGCACAGUCUUGCUCGUUUCAUAGCAUGGCCAGUCGUCAGACUUUUCAAUACGAGGGCGAAAUCGACAAAAUGUUCAACUUUGUCGAGGAUGAACAUGGAAUGACGACUUUGGACCAGCUGAACAACGAUACCGUGGAGAUCUCUGCGCUUCACCCGUCACGGAAGCAGGAGAUCGAGGUGCCUCUCAACAAUCCACCGGAGACUGAUCCCGACUCUAAAGGGCUCGUUCAUUCGCUCUCGGCGUACCGGCGACUCCAGCAGAACAAGAAUCCAUGCGAGGUUGUCGUCAACACGUUGGGAACUGCUCCGCUCACGGGAUCUGUGCAUCCACUGCAAAGAUCGAUGACGUUGCCCAAGCACAAUGAGUCGAUCGUCGUGCAAGUGCCCAUCCAGCAGGCCGUUCGCGAGACGCGCCCUGUAUCACCUACAAAUUCUGAUUACACUGAUGCGACACCACCGAACCUCUUUCGCACCAGCGAGCUGCUGCCGCCUUUACCAAGCAAGCCGUGGCUGAUUGCACCGAGCGUCGCCCGGCUUCGUCAAGAGGACGUGCCGAUUUCGCCGAAGGAAAAGAUCCGCCGAAAAUUCGACCAAUUCAUCGGUUUCAUCGGCGGCGAUCGAAAACUGAAGGAACAAGAGCAAGAAUACACGGCGGGAUGCCUGGGCCGUUCCAACACGCCGCUUGCUGACAGUCACUACCGGCCUCGGCCACAACCAAUGCCGUACAACGUCUCCCAGCGUGGAUCACGGACUCCUGCUGCACGACGUACGGGUCCUUUGGCCACAUCGACACCGAUAGCUCCGGACGCGCCAUCUCGUUUCUCUCCUGAAACGCCCAUCACGGCUCGUGGCUUGUUCGGCACCCCUACCCGACCGAACACGACGUUGACCCGCAAUUUGAACGUGCCGAUUCGGACCCCUCAGUUUGGAUAUGACGGUCGCGAAACACUGCUCGGGGCUGGUGGCGCAAUGAAGGGUCUCGGAAACGAUCACCUUGCCACAAGCUUUAUGCCCAAGUCUCCGAAUACUCACCAUGAUGAGCUUCUUCCUUAUGGCGCGGCGAAGACAACAUCGACGAUUUUCACAUCGACACCUCGCCAGACAUUCGGCAUGACUUCUGGAGGAAGGCACAAAGCAGCAAUGGAUGCUUGGGGUGACUCAACAUUCCUCUCCACGAUCACUACGGCGACUUCGCGCCGGCAGCCAACUUAUGAUACGACCGCCGAACUUCGCAAGACUAUUCAGCGCUUGCGCUCUCAAGCGGAUGCCCAAAAGGAGCAGAUCAAGAUGUCUGAGAAGGUGGUUGAGCUGUCGAAAAAGCGACACAAGGCUUUGAACGAUCAACGCGACCGUGUUCCAGCUGAGCUGGUGGCCGGUCGUACACUUUUGGUUGCUCGUGAGAGGCUCAAGUCGAUACAGAACGAGAUCAACAGCCUCGAGGAAUUACUCCGUGUCUGCCCCUACCCACCACCAAUCUCGCAAUGCGCGCGCUGCACCAUGCAGGUCUGCAACAUCGGCAUUCACCUCAAUCCGCGGUUCUGCAACGCCUCACAAACGGAUCCUUCAUCCUACGCCUUCAUCGUGCUGCUUCGUUGCCGUGGUGAAGUAGAGGCGACGGCUCCGUUGACCGUGACCAAAUACCGCCCGAGGGCCAUCUAUGUCCACGAGUCGAUCCGUUUCGCUAACUUGCCACCGGAUUUCACGAUUUCCCUGGAGGUGUAUGCUAUGCGCUUGAGCGACCCCAAGCUGGAUAUCGACCCGUCUUGCAUCAACUUUGCUGCCCGCGCUCGAUCGCUCUUCAGCCCAGGAGGCGUCAAGCGCCCGCCGGUCGAUCGCACUGAAAACUCGCUGCCAAACCCGGGACAAUUCACAUGCUGCGGCAUGUUGACGAUUAACCGAGAGGAUGCCGGCACAAAUGGCUACUAUCUGGAAUACCCAGAAUGGCCAUUGGAAGGCAAGAUCGAGUUCACCGCCCAAGUUAGCACCAUGCCCAUGCAAAUCGACGUCGAAUAUGCCGGAUUCCUGACGAUGUACCAAAUGGUUGGCGGCACCGGCUCGUGGGAACGCUUUUGGGCCGUACUCCGCCUCGGCCUGAUCAGCGUUUGGAAGGACCCGCGCGACCCCGAGGAGGAGAAAACGGCCAUCGCACAGCUCGAUUUGUCCAAGUGCAUCGACGAAGAUGUAGAGGUGGCCACGCAAGAAAUCACUAGUCGCUCGCAUGCCUUCUCCAUAGACAUGCUCGUUACGUGCACGCCAAGCAUCUUCGAAAGAAAAAGGGUCAUCUUCGCUGCGGACACGCGCGAAUACUGUGACGAAUGGGUGGCGGCCAUCAACGAUACUCUCAAUUGUAUCCGAGGAUUGGGCAAACCUGCCGAACAGGCUACCACCGACUUCACUGAGGAACUCCCU